UGAAAUUUCAAUAAAUGAGUCACGUGCACACAGUCACGUUCCACCUCGCUGAAAUUACUAAAGGGUCAAUUACCGUCAAUCUCCAACACUUACCACCAUCAAUGAGUUUCUUGAGACGUGACAAAUCCAAAACAAACCUAAAGCCGUCGUUCGGAUUCACUGCUGGCCAGUUGCCCUCCCACAAAGACGAAAACCACUCCGUCAAGCGGGCUCACGUCUCCAACGACCCCAACUCCCCCACCACUGGCACGAUGGUUGCUGCUGCUGCUGGGGCCAACAGUGGUCAAUUAUCGCCUGGAAGCAAGCAAAGUGGCGGACAUCCGGGAUUCUCCAAGAGAACCUCGUCCACCACCAUUUCGCCAAUCGUUUCGUCCAACUCAUCCAUCAACUCUGGCAACCAACCUCACGCCAGACCCGACGACGUGAAUGCGUUGUUCACAUAUGCGUACGACGAAGAAAAUGGGGCCAGUGACAGCCCUCUGCAUACCAAAGAUUCAGCAUCCAAUUUCUCCCAAGACAAUUACAGUCCUAGAUCAUCGGUGGUGUCCUUUCCCAUGACUCACGAAGAGGAAGAGAUGGCCAGCGGAGAUCCGGUGAGAAGUACUACCUCCAACUUGAAGGAUAACUACCGUGGAUUCCAUGCCAACCAGCACCCCAGAGGCGGCUCCAACACCCCACCAUUGACCCAUCCAAUCAAGCCCAGAUUCAAGAAAAAGAGCGGCUCGUUGCUUGGAAAAUUGAUCUAUUCGAGCAGAAAGGAGGUCGAGCCUGUGUCUGAGCUUCAGAGUAUCAGCCCUCAAAAUGAUGCAUUCUACCAUCCUGGUGGCUCUGAUUCCAGAAGCAGACAGAAUUCAGUCUCCAACACCAACAGAUCUGCAUCUGUUGGCUCUUCCAACACCCAUCACCAAAGAAAAAGUGCCAGCUCCACAUCUUCAUCGUCAUCUAAGCACAAGUUUAGAAUCCCAUCUAUUUCUUUGGAUCAUCAUCAUCAUCACAAUGCUGCUUCUGCUCCUCCAGCAGUCACUACCCCACCAUUGAGUAGUUAUAUUCCGACAAGUGCCAACAACUCACCUCAUGCAGUCAAAAGCGACUCUGCUCGUCCUUCUUUAGCAUCCUCUGGUACCACUUUCAACUUAGACAUGAAUUUAGAUGAAAUGAAGGGAAUCGUGAAAUCACCUCAGAAUGAGUCCACGACUUCUAAUGAUCCAAUACUAUCCAAGAUAAAGUUGCCCGCCAGACAUUCGGUUUCCAAUAUGGCUCUUUCCUAUUCAAAUGAGAAUAUUAGCGAUGCAAAAGGCGGAAGCUGGAAAGCUCCUGAUAGUUGGGAUGUCAAGCUUGACGAUCCCAAAAGAAAGGAGUUUGAUUUAUUUGGUUCUGACGAUAGCGAUGAAAAAGAUCGUCCUAAUGACAAACAGCAGCACUAUGAACUUGAUACUUCUUCUUCUUCAAGUGUUACUCUGGCUUCUUCUAUCGAAGGAAAGACCAAAAAGCACAAACAUACUAAAAAGGAGGAAUUGGCUCGCCUUCCCUCACAGCUGAAUCUUCCGGUUCUCUAUGGGUCUCGUCAAUCAUCUCAUAUUGUACCCAGCCCAGCUGAUGCCAAAAAUUUAACCAAGGGGCCAAAUCAUACUGUCAGAGUGUUCAAAGAAGACAAUACUUUUACCACUAUUUUAUGUCCAUUGGAGACAACCACAGCCGAAUUAUUAAAUAUUGUCCAGAGGAAGUUUUUUCUUGAUUCUACUUCGAAUUAUCAAUUAUCAGUCUACGUUGGUAACUCUGUCAAAGUUCUUGAGCCUUUUGAAAAGCCUCUCAAGAUUCAGUUGGGUUUGUUAAUGCUAAGUGGUUAUACCGAGGCGGAUAAUUUUAGAAUCAUUGGUCGUGAAGAUUUGUCAUUUGUAUUCAAAUUCGUGGUUGAAAACAUUUUCUUGAGGAACUUGACUCAUGACGAGGAGACAUUAUUAUCGAAAGAUUACGUCGAUGUUGAUAUCUCUGGGUUGGACUUGAAGAAUAUACCAAUUAUUUUCCAUCAGCAUACCUAUGAAAUUGAAAGAUUGAAUGUGGCAAAUAAUCCGUCGAUUUACAUUCCCCUUGAUUUUAUUCAGUCUUGUAACAAUCUUACAUCCAUUGUUUUUUCCAGAAAUGGUGCUUCAAAAUUUCCAAUGAACUUCCUUGAAGCUACAAAAUUGACAUAUCUUGACAUGGAAAAGAACUUCUUGGAUGAGCUUCCAACAAAAAUUAGUCAUUUGAGACAUCUCACUCAUUUAAAACUUAAUUCAAAUCAAUUAUGUCACUUGCCAAAAUCAUUUGGGAAGUUGAAAAAUUUGAUCUCCUUGAACUUGUCUUCCAACUACUUCAAUUCGUACCCAGAACCCCUUAGUGAAUUAACUAGCUUGCAAGAUUUAGAUUUAUCAUACAAUGAUUUAUCUGAGUUGCCUGAAUCCAUAUGCAAGUUGACCAAUUUGGCCAAGCUUAACCUUUGUACUAACAAGUUGACCAAAAAGCUUCCAAAAUACUUGAGUAAGUUGACCAAUCUCAAAAGACUUGAUAUCAGAUAUAACCAAAUCUCCAAUGUGGAUGUUUUGGGUUUGUUACCAAAUUUAGAGGUCACCUAUGCAUCUAAGAAUAACAUUUCUACUUUUAAUGAUAAAAUGGAAAGCCUUAGGUUAUUACAUUUCGAUAGAAAUCCUACCACAAAUUUGCAAUUCAAAAGUCUUCUUAACAUUUUGACCAUUUUAGACUUAUCAAAAGCCAAGAUCACCUCAAUUCCUGCCGAAUUUUUGACUAAGAUUCCCAACGUUGAAAAGUUUGUAUUGGACAAGAACCAUUUGGUCAAUUUGCCCAAUGAAUUAGGUGGAUUAAACAAGUUAGUAUUUCUUUCUAUCUAUGGUAACAACUUGCAGACAUUACCUUCUUCAAUCGGUCAGUUGUCAUCUUUACAGUAUUUGGACUUGCACUCCAAUAACUUGCAAACAUUACCCAAUGAGAUUUGGAACUUGAAAUCGUUAAGUAUGUUGAACAUUUCUUCGAACAUUAUGACAUCAUUUCCAAAGCCCCCAUUUUCCGUUGCGAAGAGAAUUCUGUCUUCCGCUAACUUUAGGAAUUUCGUUGCUGAUCCAAUUAGUGGUAAGGAUAGCCCUGCUGACUCCAGACGCCCAUCUGUCCAUUCACCACUCCAAAAUGAUACACCUUCCUCAGCUGGGGAAUUUUCGUCCAGGAUUGAUAUCGAGGGAGGGGAUGAAUCUGAUACAAUUGACAAAGGAGAACUUACCGAAGGAUCUACUCAAUCCCUUAGCUUUGCGAAUACUUCUUCAUCACUCGCGGAUUGUUUGAUGAUUUUAACUAUGGCUGACAAUAGAUUAAGUGAUGACUGUUUCGAAAGCAUAUCCUUUUUGAUAUCUUUGAAAUCGUUGAAUUUAUCAUACAAUGAUUUCCUUGAAGUUCCUGAAGGGGGGUUGAGGAGACUCACGAGACUCACGGAAUUAUAUUUGUCUGGUAAUGAGCUCACUACCCUUCCUGCUGAUGAUUUGGAAAACCUCAAGGCUUUGAAGUUACUUUUCGUCAAUAACAACAAGCUUGUUGCAUUACCUGCUGAAUUGAGUAAGUUGACCGAAUUACAGCACCUUGACGUAGGUUCAAAUCAAUUGAAAUACAACAUUUCGAAUUGGCCUUACGACUGGAGUUGGCACUGGAAUAAGAACUUAAAGUAUCUCAAUUUUUCAGGUAACAAGAGGUUUGAAAUCAAACAAAGUCACGUUAAGAAUCCAGAAACAGGAGAAGAUUUUGACAGCUUGCUUGUAUUGAAAAGAUUGAAAGUUUUGGGCCUUAUUGAUGUGACAUUGACAUCUACCUCGGUCCCUGAUCAAAAUAACGAAAUGAGAAUUAGAACCACCGCUUCUGAGUUGGAUAGUAUUGGCUAUGGUGUAUCCGAUUCCAUGGGUAUGCGUGAUCAUGUUUCAUCAAGAGAUAUUUUCAUUCAAAAAUUCAGAGGUAAUGAAGGUGAGUUAUUAGUUUGUUCUUUCGAUGGAAAAUGUGGAGCACCAAAUCAGGCCCAUAAGAUAUCUGCUUUGGCAAAGGCAUUGUUUGUUCCUAAUUUCACCAAUGAGCUUGAGAAAAUCAAAAGCGAUGAUGAAAUUAAUGAUGCAAUCAGAAGAACGUUCUUGUCUUUGAACAAGGAAGUUAAUGGUAUUUUAGCUGCUAAGCAGAACAACAAUCUCCCACCGAAUGUUCAGAUUAAACAAGACUUUUCUGAUCUCAGUUUGCGGGAUGAUGGUAACGCUGGAUGUGCUAUUACCAUUAUUUAUAUCAAGAACAAGAAGCUUUACACUGCGAAUAUUGGUGAUAUCGAAGCAUUAUUGUCUAGAAACAAUGGUGAUCAUAUUCCUUUGACGCACAAGCAUGAUCCAACUAAUAGACAUGAGUUUGAAAGAAUUAGAGCUUCGGGUGGUUACGUCUCUGGAGAUGGUGCCCUCGAUGGGGAUUUGACCGUUUCCAGAGGAGUGGGUUUCUUCAACUACUUACCACAUACACAUUCUGGUCCAGACAUUUCUGAAAUCAGUCUUACAGCAGCCGACGACGUGAUUGUAUUGGCUACCAAGAUCUUGUGGGACUUCAUCUCUUACGAAUUGGCGGUUGAUAUUUUGAGACAAGAGAAAGAUGACCCUAUGUUGGCUGCUCAAAAAUUGAGAGAUCUUGCAAUUUGCUACGGUGCUUCUGACAAGAUUGCAGUUAUCGUGGUCACCUUAGGAGAGCAAAAGUUGAGUAGACUGAAAUUUGGUUCCAAUGCAUUAUACCAUAAUUUGGGAAGAGAGAAUGACGUUUACGGUGCUGCCAAGAAGAGAAGAGACCGUUUUGUUACAGGAGAUUCUCAGUUGAGAAGACUCGAAGAAGAAAUCGAACCCCCAGUAGGCGAAUUGGCCUUGGUGUUUACUGAUAUUAAGAACUCUACUUUAUUGUGGGAUACAUAUCCUGCAUCAAUGAGAUCGGCCAUCAAGACCCACAAUAGUAUCAUGAGACGUCAAUUAAGAAUUGUGGGGGGUUACGAAGUCAAGACUGAAGGUGACGCAUUUAUGGUGUCCUUCCCAUCCCCAACCUCGGCCUUAUUAUGGUGUUUCAACGUCCAACAAAACUUGCUCACAGCCGAUUGGCCAUCUGAAAUCUUGGAGACUGAUCAAUGCUGCGAGGUUGCUGAUAGCAACGGAAACGUGUUCUUCAGAGGGUUAAGCGUUAGAAUGGGUAUCCACUGGGGUGCCCCCGUGUGUGAACCGGAUGUGAUCACAGGAAGAAUGGAUUAUUUCGGGCCAAUGGUCAACCGUACCUCUAGAAUCAGUGCUAUUGCUGAUGGUGGACAAAUCGCCGUGAGUUCCGAUUUCCUUGAUGAAAUCGGAGCAUUGGGCAAAAUCCACGAGGACAUUAAGGCAGGAAAGAUCUCCUUGAUGGAUGCGUACCAAGGCAACCACCGUGCAGGGGAAAUCAUUGAGAAGGAACUCACUUCCAUUGAGGAGGUGGGCUGUUACUACUAUACCCUUGGUGAGAGGAAAUUGAAGGGACUUGAAACCCCCGAGCCCAUCACAUUGGCAUUCCCUGAGAAAUUGAAGAUAAGACAGGAGAUGCUUCAGAGGUCGCAGAAUGAGACUUCUAUUGGUACCAGAAUAGUAGGAACUUUGCCAGUUGAUGCCAUUUUCAAGUUGCGAACUGUAUCGUUGAGAUUGGAGAAUGUCUGCUCUUCAAUCAACGGAGGUACACUCAUGAACGAGGGCUUUUUGCACCAGUCGUCGGGAGACAUGAUCGAGCGGAACACGGCAUUCAAAGAGUCUGAUGUGGUUGCCUUGCUCAAUCACAUUGUCACCCGAGUCGAAGGAUGUGCUACCACUUUACAGUUGAGACAAGACUUGAGCAAGGUCAGUGGAGAUAAUGGACGGAUAGCUUUUGCUCACGGCAAGGGCAUAGGCCAGGUUCUUGAAGAAUUGAGUGAUUUUGUCCUGAAAUACGGCGAACUUCUCAACAGGACUGGAGAGUAAUCGACAGAGAAAGAGAGAGCUUCUACUAGAGGAGACUAGAGUAGAAUAAUUUAUGCAUGAUUCACGUAACAAAGACAGGCUGUAGGCGUGUUACUUUGGAGUAAUACAGAAACACACGAUUGAAACGGAUAAGCACGUUGUAUGUAAAUGUGCUACCAUUGCAUGGGAGGGCC